AUGGUGGAGGCGACAGGGGUGGUGGAGGUGGCGGAGGUGGCGGUGGGAGUAGUGGCGGGAGUGGAGGCGGCGGAGGCGGCAGCAGUGGGAGUGGUGGGGGUGGAGGCAGCAGCGGCGGUAGUGGCGGCAGUGGGAGCAGUGGCGGCGGCAGUGGUGGCGGUCGGGGUGGAGCCUUUUAGAGGGGAGGCUCUGGUGGGGGUCAGAGGCAGCAGCAGCUACGACAGCGUCCGCGUGAGACCCUUACACCUCAGCAAUUCCGUGAUUGACUUGCUCAAGCGCGAUGUAGAUAUCCUUGCUCUUGACCAUGAUGCUAUUCUUGCUGCCAUGUAUGCAUUGACUGUUAGUGCUGAGGGUGACUGUUACUUGUGUGUGCCGCCCGACCCGGGUAUAGAGUCUGCUGCUCUAGGUGCUAGUGAGUCUGCUCUAGGUGCUGCUGAGACUGCUCUAUUUGGUACUGCGCCUGCUGAGGCCUUGCACACCUUCACGCUUGACUCAGGUAGACCCACUCCCCUUGGUUGA